GUAACCCAAGGCCAGCACAAAUAUUGUAUUCGUCAAGAGUUUUGUUUUUGAAGCCUAGAACCACGACCAGAAUAAACGAUCGACAUAGAAGUGUAAAGGCGCGAAGGAGGCGACUCGCACGGCAAGAAUCCAUUCUUUGAUACACAGGCAAACGACUCGACUGAAUCGUUUGUGACCAGGACCUUGUGCUGGUGAAAAGUUGUAGUCCGGCGUUGCAACAAGGACACGCAUAAUUGUCAAACAAAAAAUGCAUUUGAACACGGAUUAUUUCCUGCACGAUCCGGUGCAGGAGCUGGAAAGCGCGGCGUCAAAGCCCAGCGAAAUGAGAAAAACCACACCCGAGGGCUACAUAGAAAUCCUGCCCAAUCGGCUGUACUGGACUGCGGUGAAUUCCACGCCGAGACCCACCUCCCAGUACCACUUUUUCUGCAUCGACCAGGACUUGGUGUACGAGCCCUUCAACCAGGAUUUUGGCCCGCUGAACCUCUCGUGCACCUUCAAAUUCGCCCGCUUGGUGAAGAAACUGCUGGACGACCCGAGUUUGUCGAAGAAGAAGCUCGUCCACUACUGCAGCCUCUCGGAGAAAAAGCGGCCUAACGCGGCGUACCUGAUGUGUUGCUUCCAGGUGAUGUACCUGAACAAGCCCGCGGAACUAGCCUACAGGCCGUUUGAGAACAUCCGACCCCAGUUUCAGCCCUUCCGGGACGCGACGGCCGGCAUGUGCACCUACGCGUGCACGGUGCUGGACUGCGUCAAGGGGUUGGAGUACGUAUCCACAGUAAUUUUCCUGUACAUGUACAAAUGCGGUUUCUGCAUGACAAAGCUUCCGUUUAAUUCGAUUCAGCAUGAGAAGUGGCAUGCUCCAAGUUGGUGAAAUUUGUGAUGCAUUUUGUACAUGUACAGGAAAUUUGUAUUGCAUAGUACGCCAUGAAAAUAAACUGGUUUAACCCGGAGACGUUCAACGUGCAGGCCUACGAUUACUACGAAAAGGUCGACAACGGCGACAUCUCGUGGGUGAUUCCGGAGAAAUUUCUCGCGUUUUCCGGCCCCAGCGGGAACGGCAUCGACACCUACGGCUACCCCGCCUUCACCCCCGAGGACUACGUGCCGAUCUUCCGCAAUGCGAACGUGUCCACCGUGGUGCGGCUGAACAAGGAACAGUACGAUGCGGCGAGGUUCACGAUGAACGGCAUCAAGCACGUGGACAUGUUUUUCCCGGACGGGAGCUGUCCCCCGAGAGACAUUGUCAACCGAUUUCUGCGCUUGGCGGAAUCUGAACCUGCUGCGUUAGCGGUGCACUGCAAAGCGGGUCUGGGGCGGACGGGCACUUUGAUCGGACUGUAUGCGCAGAAGCACUACAAAUUCCCGGGCCGGGCCUACAUCGGGUGGAACCGGAUCGCGCGACCGGGCGCGAUCCUCGGACCACAGCAGCAGUAUUUGUGCGAUAUGGAAAGGGAAAUGAUUGCUCUGGGCGAGCAGGAGCGCGCGACGAAGGGACUGAAUGGUCGCAAUUUGCCAUCAGUGUCUGGUAGCGGAGCCUCAAACUCAUUAAACGCAGGAGCAGCACUUCGCUCCCUCACCGCCGCUGAGAAGAAGGAAGACGUCGGCCAGGGCGAGCGUUUGGUCGCAGCUAAGGCGAAGCAAGGUGCAGGGGCUGGUGCUCUCACCGCGAAGUCCAGUAUCAGUGCGAACCUGCAAGCGAAGUUGACUUCGAACGUCAGUGUGGGGGGAACAGGUUCGUACAUCAACCGUUUAACCGGGAGCGAAAUCUCCUUUUCGCGGUUCAGUCCGGGCCUCUCCUCGUCCAGUUCCCCGAUGAAGCUCCUCGGACAGAAGCGCAGCGACAGUCGGCCAAUCAUGAAGGGAAUGUUCGGGCCGCAGGGGCAACGCCCGGUGCGGUUGAGCUCGAAUAACUGAGGGGCUUCCGAGGAAAAGGAGACUGCACUGCCACGCUCAUCGUUUUCGAGACGGUCGACACGGCAGCCGUCUUUACUGUUCCCGAGACAUCAGAGACAUACUCCCCUAAACCUUUUGCGAAGUAGAAACUUUUUCAGUGCCGCUGCUUAAGCGACACAAGCGACGAAAUAUGCUUCAAUUCAGGAUUAAUGGCUUCUGGCUUCAUUAUUUUUACACAUUUUGCAUUUUUCAUUUUAUUCCAUUAUCUUUUUUUUACUUCUUAUUUCUUGCAUAUUUUUCUGUAGUUCAGUUUUUCACAUUUUGCCACACCUUUUCAUCGGCCUACUUCACAUCGCAUUCACAAUCAAGUAAAAGCAUCAGCACACUGUCGUCAUCGUACUAACAAGCGUCGCACAUGCACAGUCACAGUACCCCUGUGCCGAACGUGCUCGCGUGACGUUCUCUUCGUUGUCCCCACGAUUUCUGCGCUUUUUCGCAUGGCAAGGCUAUUACCAAUAGCACUGCGAUGCAAUCGAUCUCACGGCAGUGCACGACCAGCCAUCACUAGAAUCAACCCAGCUGUAGUAUUUCUAGUUAGUGUGUCCCGCGAAGAAAAGUGUGUCGUUUCCAUUUUGUGCAGAAGUUGAGUUCAACUGAGAUUUGGAUUCGAUUUCUUCUGAAGUACAAAGUAAUAGGCCAGUAGUAGGUAGUCUUCCUGCCACUAGCAUCUUCUGUUUGAGUUCUCCGCUGCUUUGUAGUACCCCUAUUAAUUUAGACAAGCGAACAGGACGGAGCACCCAAGCAGUUUUUAAUUGAAAUUUUUCAGAUUAACCCAACCCCCCAAAUUAUUUCUGUACUACGGCGAGAUCUGGCUCCCCUGAUUUACCAAAGUGUCGUCUUCUUCCUCGAUGCGAUAAGUUACAAAAGUAACUGCGAUCGCAAAAAGUAGCUUUGAUAAUUCAGGCUGCCACUCGUCUGAAUAUUGACCUGCGCAGCGCCUAAGGUUUUUUUCUGCUGUGGUAGCGCAAGACCGUGAUUUUUUUGAUCUUAUUCAUUCUGUAAUGUCCUCGACCAACACGAAGACGAAUCCCUUUUGCUUCCUUCAUAGGAGAGUGACCAUUCUGAUCAUGUUUUUACUACAAGUUAGUAUGAGCUAUUCUUUCAGUUUCGGUACCCGUACAGUUCUUGAUAAUCAUAAAGGUCUGCGAACGCGAUCUGAUCGUAGACACGCGCGCGGGAAUGUCUGAUAAGUUGAAAGGCACCAGCCUCCAUGAGGAAAGACGGGGCUGGAGCUUUUCGAAUAUAUUAUAUCUGUGUCUCCUUUUCGUUUUCGAAUCCCGCGAUUCACAUUUUCCCUACCCUCGCCGCUUUGAUACGUUUCCGCGACGUGAUAUGCUUUUGCCCUGGACCAACAUGUAAACACAAAGAAACUGACUUUUUAUGAAAAU